AUGAAUGUUUUGACUGCUGAAAGAUUGGUGAGGUUAGCUUACAAAUACCCCUCCUUGCAAAGCUCAUGGUACUUGAUAGCCACUGCUUGCUUGACAGUUGUCAACCAACCGCAAGAGAUCCCCAAGAUUUACCAUUUCGCGUUGCGUCAGCAGUUAUUGUCCAACCCCACUACCCAGCAAUCGUCAUCAACAAGCCUUUUAACUGAUCCAAGCUUGAUUAGAUUGGCACAAGAUUCGAUCAACUCGGCGAAGAAGUUCCAGGACUUAUCAGCCGUUGGGGUCAAUCUUCCUGAUAUUUUGAUACCACAUACUUACUACCAGGAGCUUCCAUUGAAGUUCAAGUAUUCAAAACAUGUGGAUAUCUUAGCCAUGCAAGAUCGAUUGACUGCUAGGUUUAGAGAGGUGAUUUUAAAGAGCAUUGCAUUGAGCGGAUUACCUAAAGCUAUCAAUGCCUUGAUGAUAUUGAAAACAGUGACCCCUACUAACUUGAAGAGUGGGCUUACUCCAGAGCGUCCGAGAAUUGUGAGUCCUGGCCACAUUCCUUCAGCAUCCAUAGUCAGCGAAGACGUGCAUGGAACCAAGUUUGACAAGGAAGAUGAUACUUCUGAAGACACAAUAGAUGGUCCCAUAAGUGAACUGUCUAUUCAUUCUCAACAAAUUGCGUCAGACUUAGUGCGUGGUUCGAACUUUUGGAACAGCGUAUACGCUAAAAUCAGCAACAGAGUCAAGAACCAGAUGUUGACAGCAUAUCCCGACUUGUGGUACUUUGCAUUUCAUCAUGUCUACGCACCAUUGUUGAGUUAUACGAAAAUCAUCUCGGGUAAAGAGACAUCAAUGUGUGUUGUUGCGUGUUUGAUUCCACAAGAUGUGAACCCUCAAUUGAAGGGCCAUUUGAAAGGUGCUUUAAACAAUGGUGCAACCAAGCAGGAAUUGAAUGAUGUCAGGUCGAUGGUAUUUGAUAUUUGUGACUGGACAGGAGGAAUUCAUUGGAAGGGAGGUAAAGACGGAGUAGCAAAGUUAUGA